GUUCGCGGGGUGCGUGUGCCGGGGGGGGGGCACCGGGCUGCUCCCCCCAGCAGCGGGAGGGGCCAGCGGGGUGCCCCCCCCCGGGAGGGCUCCCCACCCACCGCGACCCCCCUGCGCCCCGGCUCAGCUCUCUGCCUGGUGCCAGCACCUACAGAGCCUGGAGCUCCCUGCCCCUUCCCUGGAAUUCCCUGCCCAUUCCCAGCCCUUGGCCGCUGGAAGGGCGGGUUUGUUCCAGCUGGUGCAGGAUGGAGGCGGCCAGGGACUUGGGGGUCCCUACUGGAGGGGGGUUCUGAGCCCCCUGCUACCCUGUCUGGAGGGGGGCUUUGGCAGCAUGGAACACCAGGGGGUCAAACACGGCACCAAAUUUUCUUGUGGUUUGUAUUUUUAAAUACUGUGGCUUGGAAACACUGUCCCUCUUGAAAUAAGACACCAGCUUUGGACAAAAGAUGAAAAGAUUUCCCGGCUCCCCCCAUGUGCACAUCAUUUUGCUUUCCCUGGGUUUGGAGCUGCUGGUCAGACUCAGCUCACAGUCAGGUUGGUUUAAAUAUGUCACUGAUCUGAAGCUGGUGGCUUUUAAAGCAUUGGUCCUGGCUGGAUUAGCAGCAACUUGGACAGAAGAGUUGAGGGCUCUCAGUUCAGAGGGUCCGUUUUUCAGGACCAUUUAGGUGCUCAGGGCUACCAGCUCUCCCAGUUGUGGAGUCUGGCUCUGUGUGGGAAUUGUAGCUUUCUGGUUUUUCUUUUAAGUGAGCUUGGACCCUUUGUGUUUACGGAAGAAAUGUGAACUUUUAACAGGUCAGAAACUAGGAGCCAAAUCAGCAGAGCGUGUUUAUAGACCAGAAUGGUCAGUUUUUCAACCAGUCCUGCAGCUGUAAUUCAGCUUUUUCAAUGCUUGGGAUUGGCAACUGGGGAUGGCAUUUCCUCCUCUGCAGGCAGAAUUGCUUCCCACCCACUCCAUCACAUGCCAGGCCAGUCUGACCUGAUCUUUCUGAGAAUGGGAAAGAAAAAAAAUCCCAGCACCACUGUUUUCCUGUUGUGUUCCUGGCUCCAGGGCUGGCGCUCAUAGCAGCUGGACCUCCAGGAAUUGCUGCCAUCCUUGAAGGGAGCAGGACACCUGGGUCUUCCUCCCUGUGGCUUUCAUGGGAUGGGAAUUUCAUCCCAUCCAGCUGUGCUGACUCAGUGUUUCCGCAUCUUCUCUCGUCCUGUUUUGCUGAACCAAGCCUUUCACAAGCCUCUGGAGCUCUUUGUUGAUGCAGGGAAGGAAAUGGGAGCUCCUGCCUGGCCAGCUGAGAGGAGCAGGAAGCUCUGCCAGCCUUCCCUACACUCCCUGUGCUCUUAAAAAGCUUCUUUUCUCUGCUGGGGGAAGGAGCUGUGACAAUGGAAAAGCCUUUUCACAUUCCAGCCUCUGUCUCAAACAAUGAACUACGUGGGACAUCUUGCUGAGACAGUCUUUGUCACUAUGAAGGAGCUGUACCGGGGUCUGAACCCUGCCACCCUGACAGGCUGCAUUGAUGUGGUGGUGGUGAGACAGCCUGAUAACUCCUUCCAGUGCUCCCCGUUCCACGUGCGCUUCGGGAAGCUGGGGGUGCUGCGCUCCAAGGAGAAGGUGGUUGACAUUGAAAUCAAUGGGGAGCCAGUGGACCUGCAGAUGAAGCUGGGUGACAAUGGAGAGGCCUUCUUUGUCCAGGAGUCAGAGGAGAAUGAGGGCAGCAUCCCCUCCUGCCUCUGCACGUCCCCCAUCCCCAGGGAGGAGAGCCUGGAGGGUGCUGCUCCUUCCUCCUGUGGGCAGGAACCCUCCGGUGCUGAAGCCGCCCUGCGCAAGAGGCGGCGGCGCAGGAGGAAGCCCAAGAGGAAGGAGUUGGUGGACUCUGAACUAGAAUGCUGUGAGGAGACCAAAAAGGAGAUGUCUGUGGAGGAGCCAUGCAAGCUGCCAGCUCCCAGUGAUUCAGUGUAUUUCUCCUUCCCUGACCUCCCCAGAGAAGAAAUGGGGUCAUCGCAGUCCCCGGUGAUGCACCCGUACUCUGAUGGGGAGCUGGCCUCUGUGGACAGCCCUACCCUGAGCCAUCCAUCUUCUCCCAGAAGUGACUCUGAGCUGGAGAUCAAACUGCAGGAGGGUUUUGCUCUAGGAGCUGAAUCCCACAUGCAAUGGACCUGGGGAAGGCUCCCUCAGGUGAAUAAACUGGAACGAGUUGAACCAGCCAAGUUCACAAAGACCUUGGCUACUGCAGCAACUACUGUCUCUGCCACACCAGCAAGCCAUCCUGUUGCCUCCUCUGGAGGUGUGGAAGGAGGUCCAAGGCCAGCAGGACAUCAGGGUGCACCUUGUUCCUCUGCUGUGUCUGUUGUGGAGCCAACAAAUGCAUGCCAGGGUGGGAACAGCCUGCCCAAGCUGAAGGACAUCCCCAGUGCUGUGGAGGCCUCCUCAGCCCCACAAGAGAAACAGGAGGGAGGAGGGACUAUUGUCCCAGAGGUUCAGGCAGAUGUGGAGCCCUCUGAGGGAGCUGCUGCUCUGAGGCAGGUGGGCUUGGAGGGCCUUGAGCCCCAGAUGGAGAGCCAGAGGAGACAAGGAUCCACCAAGAGAAGCCCUCACUUGGGUCCCAGUGAUGUUUACCUGGAAGACCUCUCCAGCCUGGAUGAGGAGCAGGUGGCUCUCUACUUCCCCAGGAGUGACGUGGAGCAGAGUUCAAAGCCUGUGGCAGACCCCAACAACCCUCUGUGUGUCCAGCUGCCAUCUGACUUGCCUGCUCACAGCCCCAUGGACUCAGAUUUGAUGCCUGCAAUUGCCCUCUCUCUGUGUGGGGGCUUGGGGGGCAGCAGGCAGAUCUCUCAUGAAAAGUUCAUGGAGCACGUGGUCACCUACCAGCAGUUUGCUGAGAAUCCAGGACUCAUUGAUGACCCAAACCUGGUGAUAUUGAUCAACAGAAAGUAUUACAACUGGGCAGUGGCUGCUCCCAUGGUCCUGUCUCUGCAGGCUUUUCAGAGGAACAUUCCAGAGAGCACCAUUGAUCAGCUGGUGAAGGAGAAGAUGCCCAAGAAAGGCAGCAGGUGGUGGUUCUCCUGGAGGAGGAGAGAAUUCCCAGCAGAGGAGCAGUCGAGGCCAGGGAAUGCCAAUGUGGGGACACCGCAGCACGACUCUACUCAGCAGAGGCAGGAAGAGGUGCCAUCCAGUGAUGAUGAGCCCCUGCAUCCUGAGGACAUGUUGGCAGAGGAUGCCCCUGCACAGAAAUCUCAGCCAACCUACAAGAAAUCACUGCGACUCUCCUCUGAGCAAAUUGGAAGGCUGAACCUGCAGGAUGGCCCCAACGAGGUGGCAUUCAGUGUGACCACUCAGUACCAGGGCACGUGCCGCUGUGAGGCCACCAUCUACCUGUGGAACUGGGAUGACAAGGUGGUGAUCUCUGACAUCGAUGGCACCAUCACCAAGUCAGAUGCUCUUGGGCACAUCUUGCCACAUCUGGGAAAAGACUGGACUCAUCAUGGGAUUGCUAAGCUCUUCCACAAAAUCCACCUAAACGGGUACAAGUUCCUCUACUGCUCAGCCAGAGCCAUUGGCAUGGCACACAUCACCAAGGAAUACCUCAAAUGGGUCAACGAGCAAGGCUGUGUCCUCCCCAAGGGCCCCAUCCUGCUUUCCCCCAGCAGCCUCUUCUCUGCCUUCCACAGGGAGGUGAUAGAGAAGAAGCCAGAGGUGUUCAAGAUCGCCUGCUUGAUGGACAUCCGAAACCUGUUUGCCACGAAGCUGCCCUUCUACGCAGCCUUUGGGAACAGAGCCAAUGAUGUCUAUGCUUACAAGCAAGUGGGCCUGCCCGAGAGCCGUAUAUUCACUGUCAACCCCAAGGGUGAGCUGAUCCAGGAGCUCACAAAGAACCACAAAUCAACGUACGAGCGGCUGUCAGAGCUGGUGGAGCUGAUCUUCCCUCCCCUGGAGCAGAGCGGGAGCAUGGCUCUGCUGUGCCCAGAGUACAGCCACUUUGCCUACUGGAGACCUCCUCUGCCUGCUGUUGACUUGGAUGUCUUCUACUGACCCCACUACCUGACCCAGGGCUCUCCUGGUUGUCCUCUGCCAGGACUGGAUGCUCCAGAUGCAUCUUGUCCUCCCUGUUGGCUGCUCAGGCGUUUUGCACUUCUAAUACGGGUCACGUUCUGCACUAGAAAGAGCCCUUCUCGGGGGGCUAGAGGGGGGUAUGAAGGAGCUCUGACUCUACAAAAGCUCCAUUUACUAAAUGGGAAUUCCUGUAAGCUGGGUCUCAUCCUAAAGUUCUUAACACCUUUAAAGCCUGGCUCUUUUUUAAAGGUGGUGGUGGGGCCUUGUCUUAUUUGUUGAUGAGCCUCUGGCAUAGCUAUUGCUGCCUCCAGUAUGACCAGUGUUUCCAGGCAGCCCAGCUGCCUGCAGUUUGGUAGCUGAUGGUGUGAAGCUGUCCUGUGGCCUAAUGACUUGUUAAGGUGGAUGGAAGCAGUUGGGGGUUUGAGUGUUUUCCACUAAUAGCAAUAAAUGGUGCCUUAACCCAGGCUGCCUCUUGUCCUGUGCAUGGAAGUGGGUGCCAGGCUUAGUGUCCUUUCACAAAUGUGGUUGGGUUAAUCCUGUUAAGGAAGGUCUUGACAGAGAUGGGGGCAGGACCUGCAGCUUCCUGAGCCUGUCGAGCAGCUGCACUAAAUGUCUUUUAAAACUGAAGUGGUUUUUUUGUUGUGUUUUUGUUUUUCACAUACUACCUUCAGGUAAGGCCACAAACCUGAGUUAAUCCAGGGAGCAAACCUGUGUAUGUGUGGGGAGGGAACUGAAUCACUUCUGUGCCAGGAGCCUGUCACAGGAGCUUAUUCCUGUGCCUCUGUACUGGAAUAUGCAAAGAAAGCUCAGCUGCCCUUAGGUAGGGUUGGAUUAGGACUAGACUAGCCUGUCCCCAUUCUGGGGGAACUUCUGAAACCUCACAGCACUGUGGGCAGCUGUGGAUGCAGCAGGCUUCUGCCCCUUCUCUGGGACCUCUCUGCUGUAAUUGCAGAAAACAAAACAGGCAGGAGCACUGCUGGGCUCCUUCCUCCAGUCUGGCAUCCACCUUCUCCUUCCCUAACCACAGUGUUUCAGUGCAAAUCAUCUCCUCCUCCUCUACCUACUCCCUCUUCUUUAAAUCACCUCUGUGUUCUAACUCUAGCUCCCUUUCUUAACCCAACCCUAGGCCUAUGCUGCUUUCCUUAAAGCCACACAAGUCAUUCUGAUCCUGGAAACAUCAGCAAGAAAUACUUUAUUUCUUUCCAGUACAAACGGUCUUUCAGCUUUUAAAAUCUGAACAACUGUACAAGGUUUUAAAAACAAUAAAACACAGCCUCAUAACAGGAUCAGUUGUCAACUGCCUCGGAAAGCUGCCUGUGCAAGGACCAUCUCCUUCCCUCUUUGCAAGCAAAAAAAACCAAAAACCAAAAAAGCCCUAUUUUAUACAAAGGUCCUUUCACUCUUUAAACAUGAAUAGCUGAGAACUGAAAUACAAACUGCCUGUAGCUUCAAGUGACUAGUCAGGA